UUAGUUCAUUCUGAGAUUCAUACGUCGAUAGACCAAUAGACAUGGCUCUAGCCUAUAUUCUAUUAGGUCUGUCCACUGUGGCCUAUUUGUUAUAUCUUCAUUUCACUCGCACCUUUAACUACUGGAGGGACCGGAAUGUCCCGGGACCCGCGCCCGUUCCUCUGUUUGGGAACAUAAUGGAGUCCGCUUUACGUCGCACACAUGCAGCAUUCGUCAUGGAAAAAAUUUACCAGGAUUUUCCAGACCAUAAAGUAGUUGGAAUUUACAGAAUGGCGUCACCAUGCCUCUUGAUCCGAGACCCAGACAUUGUAAAGCAUGUCUUGAUUAAAGAUUUUGAAAAUUUCGUGGAUCGUGGUAUACGUUUUACCGAUAAAAAAAUGGGUAGUAACAUUUUCCAUGCUGAUGCGAAGACGUGGAGAAUAUUGAGGAACAAAUUCACGCCACUGUUCACUUCAGGUAAAUUGAAAAAUAUGGUGUGUUUGAUGAACCAGAAUAGUGAAAAAGUUUUGAGGCACAUUGAAGGGUUAGUCCAAAUGCAACCUGAACAAGAAGUUUAUGAAAUCAUGGGCAACUUCACUAUGGGAUCUAUAGCAGCUUGUGCGUUUGGUCUAGAUUUGGACCCGACCGAAAAGAGUGCUACCAUAGAAGCCAUAAAAAAAAUUAAUGAAAAAUUAUUAGCUCUCUCUCACGCCUAUGAAUUAAUAUUACUGUACCCUGGAUGGAAAUUUGGUGUUUCAGCUUUUCCAGAUGAACUAGUAGAUUUUUUUAAAGGGCUCGUAGCUCAAGUAACUGCUGCAAGGAACGGGGUACCAACAAACAGAAAUGAUUUCAUGGAUUUACUAUUAGAGAUGAAACAAGCAAAUACAGUACAGGGAAGUAAACGAUUGGAAGGCAAGGACGCGGACAGAUUAGAAAUAACGGAAGAUUUAAUGGCUGCCCAGGCUUUUGUCUUUUACGCUGGAGGGUAUGAAACAUCUGCGACCACAAUGUCAUACAUGCUUUACCGCCUUGCUUUAAACCUGGAGAUUCAGGAGAGAGUGGCUGCUGAAAUUGAAGAAGUCUUCGAUCGAUACGGCGGUGAAAUAACUUACGAAGCGCUAAAGGAUUUAACAUAUUUUGAUAGAGUUUUUCAUGAGACUCUUCGCUUGCACGCGGUUGGAGACCCUACUCUUCGGGUCGCUGCUGAAGACUACAAAGUCCCAGGAACCGAUGUAACUCUUCAAAAAGGACUAACAGCUAUUAUUCCUAAUAUUGCUUUCCACUGUGAUGAAAAGUAUUGGCCUGAUCCGUUGAAAUUUGAUCCAGACAGGUUCAGUCCAGAAAAUGUGGCUAAGACACAUCCAGCAGUAUAUCUUCCCUUCGGUAUUGGACCGAGGAACUGUAUCGGGGCCAGGUUUGCGAAGCUACAGAUACGCUUGAUGAUGGCAAAGCUGCUCAGCAGGUUUAGAGUGGUGCCAACGGAGAACACGUCCCGCGAGUUCCGGUUUAAUACGUACAACCUCGUGGCGUUCCCCAUUGGAGGAAUCAGGAUGAAGUUGGUGCCUAGGCAUUGAAACUUUGAAUUUUUAUGU